AAUUAAAGUACUAAAUAAAUAAAUGACGAUUUAUAUCAACUAAUAACGUUGGAGUGCUUUCGACUGCUUAUAAAACAGUUCACUCAGUUUAUCAGUAUCGUCCAACGCCUCGCCACAAGCAUGGCGUUAUUGCCGCUACUGAUAUCUUGCCUCCUGGCAAGUGCUCAAACUGCGGACAAUUUCUAUUGGUACAAGGAUUCUGUUGUUUAUCAAUUAUACGUCCGUUCCUUCCAGGAUACUAACGGCGACGGCAUUGGAGAUUUGAAGGGUGUGAUACAGCAUGCUGAUUAUCUCAAAUCAUUGGGUAUCGGUGCUGUAUGGCUUUCACCGAUUUACCCUAGUCCAAAUUAUGAUUACGGUUAUGAUAUUGCUGAUAUGGAAAAUGUAAAUCCAGAAUACGGAACACUGGAAGAUUUCAAUGAACUGGUGAAAGAAAUGAAAGCUAGAGGAAUUAGAGUUAUAAUGGAUUUUGUACCCAAUCAUACAAGCAUAAAGCAUGGAUGGUUUCUUGCUUCUGAAGCCAGGAACGAUACUGAUGAAGCAUAUUCUGAGUUCUAUAUAUGGAAGGACCCAAGCGGAUAUGAUGGCAACAAUAAACCAUUGCCGCCCAACAAUUGGCUGAGUGUUAUGGGCACUGGAUCUGCUUGGCAAUGGAGUGAAAAAAGGAAACAGUUUUAUCUGCAUUCCUUUUUGGUUGAACAAGCAGAUCUCAACUACGACAACCCUAUAGUGAGGAAAAAAAUGAACAAUGUUCUUAAACUAUGGAUGAACAGAGGAGUCAGUGGAUUCCGAAUGGAUGCUGUUAGCUGGAUUUAUGACGACCUGGCAUGUGGGAAUGAACCUACUUCAGAUCACCCAAACCCAAACAACCCUAACGAUUAUGGUAACCUAAAUCACAUCUGUACAAUGGAUCAACCAGAAACCUACGCAAUCAUUAAAGAAUUCAGAAAAACUCUUGACACUUUCGAAGACUACAUUAAGCAGAAAGAGGCUAAGCUCAUGAUGACGGAAAGUUAUUCGGACUUCAACGCAGUUGUGAAGUAUUACGGAGACAAAAAUUCUCCUGGAUCUACCUUCCCCUUCAAUUUCUUCUUAAUCACCCAUGUUAACCAAGGAAGUAACACUUCUGAAUGGGCAAACAUAAUUACGCAGUGGGUGAACCUCAUCAAUGAAGAUAAAUGGCCCAACUGGGUGCUAGGAAAUCAUGACCAGCACCGCUUCCCAUCCAGAUUCAGCGACGAGUGGGUGGACGUCCUCCACAUGAUGGUGAUGACGCUGCCCGGAACGGUACUCACCUACAACGGCGAUGAGAUAGGUCUUGAAGACGCCUACGUGAGGUACGAUGAAGGGAAAGAUCUCCAAGGAUUGAGGGCAGGGCCGAGCAGGUUCGCCGCCAUGUCGAGGGACUUCGAGAGGGGUCCCAUGCCUUGGAAAGCGGCCAAAAAUGGAGGGUUUUCCACGGGUAGACCAUGGUUACCUUUGGCUCCAAGCCUCUGGUCAAGAAAUGUAGAAAAUGAGGCCUCUGAAGAAAACAAACGCUCGCACCUUCAUGUUUAUAAAAAGCUGGUACAGCUGAGAAAGACAAAAACUAUGACCGAAGGGAGCUGCCUAGUCCAGACAUCUGAUGAGGGACUAUUAAUUAUCACGAGGGUCCUAAGGGAUAAUCCAACAACGUUAACAGUUCUGAACCUAGGUGAUUUUGAAAUAACUGCCGAUUUAACUACGUUCAGGAGAAGCCUACCCUCAUCACUCGGGAUUGUUGUCAGCAGUUACAAUUUUCCAGCGACAGAAAAGGUUAAAGCAACAAGCGUUUAUCUACCCCCGAAGUCCGGAGUAGUUCUAAUUACUUACGAUUACUAAAGAAAUUCAUCUUCGCGUCUUAAGAACAUAUUAAAUAAAGCAUGUGAAAAUGGAUUAAUUAAGAAGGCCAUGUAAAAAUGUAUUUAUUUUUUUUAGUUUAUCGAUACACAUUAAUUUGUAUAAACAUUAUUAUUAAUGAUACAUGUUAUCAAAUAAAUAGUUUUUUUUUUUAAAUAGUUUGAUAAUACCCAAAGUGUGAUUGAAGACAAAUAUAUUUCUCAACAAAGAAAAAAAAACAACAGAAUAUGCUAGAUAUAUCUCUUUUAAUUCCAAACUCUUUGGUUACCCCAAUCCUCUAGUUUGUAACCUUUCAUCCAAUAAAAUUCCUGACUACCCACCGAGGCGUCUGAAAAGAAGAUGGCCAAGAGACCUCCUAAAUUAAUUUAUCUUUGAAGUGUUACCAAUGGGUAGCUUCGUAAGUAAAUUGAUCAAGUUAUGUAUUCCUAUAGCAGAUUUACUAGUUAUAUAUAUAUGUUUACAGUUGUAAAUUUCAAUUAAAUAAAAUAAAAAAAUAUUUCUGAAUAAUUU